CACGCCCUUUCAAGCUCAACAAGCUACAAUCUACCCUUCAUAUUGCCUGCUGCCACACAACGCGGAGAUAAUAGCUGUCAAGACGCACAAUGCAGUUGCUAUCUACCAUCGCCCCUCUUACUGUCUCGUGGACCGUAUGCACUAUUGCAAACCCUCUUCCCGCCCACGACGCCGUAUAUGGACGUGAGUCUGGUUCUUUACCCGAGUUUUUCCAUGCGACGACAUUAUCGAUACUGA